UGGUCAAGGUCAUGAUUACCCAACAAAAUUUUAAAAACUAUACAUAGAAGCGAAAUUCUAACAAAACUGUGAAAUUUAUAUUGGUCGACUUAUAAUCAUCGGAACUCAUCCGGUAUGAAAUUCGUCAGUUCGGCGACCGCAAUUUCAAGUUCACUUUCGAGUCUGUACUACUUUCUCGUUUUCUCGCUUUCGAAAAAAAAAAUUCCUAUACACAGUGUCAGGAAACUAUUAGUUUACGUAAAUUCGCGGUGAGAGGUGAAUUAAAAUAGUGACCAGUGCAAUAAUUUUCCGCUUUGUAUGGAUUUUAAUUGACGAAUAUGGUGUACACGGAGGGAUAUUUGAAGGAAAAGCUCACCAAGGAAUUGGACGCCGUUCACGUCGAGGUGACGGAUGACAGCGACGGCUGUGGAGCCAAGUUCUCUGUUAUCAUAGUAUCUGAUAAGUUCAAAGGGAAACCGCUUUUAGCACGGCAUAGGUUGGUUAACACAGUCCUACAAGAAGAGUUGAAGUCCAUACACGCUUUCACCCAAAAGACACUAACGGUGGAACAGUACAAUCAAAAACCUUAAGCUGUAAUAUUUUUGAGUGAUUACAAUGAAAUAAUA